AUGGUCCGGAGGUACUUGCUGAUGAUGGCAGGAGUGAUGCUUUACUUCUUCCCAGCUCGUUCUCAAACAUUGGUCCAGGGUCUGGAAAAGACGGAAAUCGCCAUGCUCCUGAGAAAACUGCAAAAAAUUCCCACUCUUUCCUGCAUAGCUGACAGAGUAGAUUUCCAAUAUCCUUGGAAAAGGGAAGAUCUCUUCCAGCUGCAGAAGGAGCAGUUCACCUGUUUUCAACAACUGAUGUUCGAGCAGAUCUUCGCGCUCUUCAGCACUGAGCACGGCCUCGCUGCCUGGGACCAAAGUCUUCUGAAGCAACUACUCUCCAACCUUUAUCGCAGCCUGAAAAACCUGGAACCGGUAGAAGAGGGCAGCCUGGCGUGUCUCUCUUUGGGAAUUGCUCUGAGGAAGUACUUUCGAAGAAUCAACCUUUACCUGAAUCAAAAGAAAUAUAGUGAUUGUGCCUGGGAGAUUGUCAGGUGGGAAAUUCAAUUCACCUUUUUCCCCUAUAACAAUUAUCAAAGUGAAAGCAGUCAUAAAAGAAGAAAUGAGUAA